CACCAAGUAACGCGACACGCAUCAAGCCUCACACCUUCAAACAUCUAAAACGCAAUCAUCAUGUUUAGUACAGAAACUACAGAGAUUCGCGGCAGAAAUCAAGAGCUAUCAUCUGAGCCAUGCAGUUCCAUUAUCUCCAAGUCAGAAGCUGGUGUUCCAAACAAGAGUCUUGCGCCUACUUGCAUCACGUCAAUGGGCGGAAAUGCGGACGAUGCUCCGUUCAAUAGCAUCCACAGCAAUUCGCAAUAUGAGUCGGCGUAUGAACCUCCUGAAUGGAGAGCCAAUGUGCCACGCCAUCCAUAUGUCUCCAAUUUACUGCCAAAAUUCGACGACGGGGAUGAGGCCUGGUUGAAGAUUCCCUACGGGCCAGGAAUAGCAGUCGUAAUCAAAGAAGGCAAAGGAGGUGAACAUCCACUGUACAAAUGGUCGUACACAGUGAAGGAUGCGUACACCGGUGCUGCGGUCAACCUUGACGGCGACAGUCCUAGACCACAGUGGUUCCCUGAGACUCAAUUAAGCAUGCACUCAGGUUGCAGCACUACAACCUAGGAUCAACAACUCAUAUGCCAGAAAGCUACUCUCCGAACAUCAGCUGUAGAGAACCGAGCUGAAGCCUCAGCUGUGCAGGGCUCAUCUGAACUUACUAGCGCGCCACCCUGGGGGUGGCCCCCUUCCUUCCCCUAGUAUAUAUACAACUAGCUAGACG